GCUUGCCAGCCCAGCCCUCAAGCAACACGACGCAUUGCACUAGCUAGACCUUGGGCUCGCAAACCUCACACACCCUUCCGCUUAACCUGCAGCCCUUCGAUCAUCAUCAGCACUCAGCAGUAGCAUAGGCAUCAAGGUAGAGACCCCGACAAUGCAGUACGGCGCGGCGGCGGCGGAGCAGGCGUGGUCGUACAUGCCGGUGGUGGCACCGUCGUCGGCCGUGGAGACGGCGGCGGAGCGCGUGGAGCGGCUGGCGUCGGAGAGCGCGGUGGUGGUGUUCAGCGUGAGCACCUGCUGCAUGUGCCACGCCGUGAAGCGCCUCUUCUGCGGCAUGGGCGUGCACCCGACGGUGCACGAGCUGGACCACGACCCGCGGGGCCGCGAGCUGGAGCGCGCCCUGGCCUGCCUCCUCGGCGCCUCCGGAGCCUCGGCGGCGGGCGCGCCGGUCGUGCCCGUCGUGUUCAUCGGCGGCAGGCUGGUCGGCGCCAUGGACCGCGUCAUGGCCGCGCACAUCAACGGCACCCUCGUGCCGCUGCUCAAGGACGCCGGCGCGCUCUGGCUGUGAUCUCAUCGCCGGCCGCUAGCUACUAGCCAUUGCCGCCGUUGCAGCUGUUCGAUCGGGGGGCUAGCUGAUAGUAAGGCAGGUUACUUAUUAAUUAAUACACCCAAAGUAGUGAGUUAUUAAUCAUAGAGUGCGUGCGCUUGUGUGUUUGUGUGUGUGUUAGUGGGUGUGAGAGAGAGAGGUCGGUGAUUCUUUUUACUGAUGCUGCCUCCGUCUUGUGUGUGGGAGCUAGCUAGUUAGAUCGUGCUUGCAUGCCCACGCGCGUAUGUACGAGUGUGUGUGCACUGCUACUGCUACUGCUAGCUAGGUUUGGUCGGUGCUAGAAGAGAUCGAUCGGUUUAGUGUUCUUCUCUUCCAUGCAUCUUAUUAAUCAGUUUGGCUUGGGGUUCCGGCCCCUCGUCUUUGUGUUUUCA